AUGUGGCUGUCCACGCCUAUCGAUGGCGCCGGCGGCGGCGGCUUCGAUCUCGCCAUGGGCGCGACAAGCCCGGCGGCGAUACCAACCGUAACACCAAGAACGUCACCAACAACAACAUCAUCAUCAAUACCGCUUGUGGCCGACUCCAACGAAAUGGAAGCUUCUCUGUCGUCGAGACUUUCCAGCUUUUGGGGGUUGGGAGCGGCGAAGGGCAGGGAUGCCGUGCUGCAGGACGACGCUUGGGCGGAGGCCGAGUUAGCCGAGCUUGAGAUUCUCGCCGAGGCGCUCGGGAACCCUUCGCCCGUCCCCCCAACAGCCCGAGCCUCCUCCCACACGGCUACCCCUGCUUCAAUUGCUAAUACCAUCGCUGGACUUUCCAAUGGCUUAGGGAACAGCGACGACGACGACGAAAGCGGCGGCAGGGUGGUCCAGCUGGACAUACCGGCGGUUCAGGCCCUGCAACGCGCCCUCCAAAGGGGCGGGUUCCUAACGCGAGGCAGCCAGGGCCUCUCCGUAGAUUCUCCGUACGCCUUCUCCGAAGGCGGGGCUGGGGUGGGCGGGAGGCGGCCUCAACGGCAGAGCAGCGGGCGGUCCUCUCUCUCCGUCGAAGGGGGCACCGGAGCCGGGGGUGGGUACUACUCGUACGCUCCGGGAGGGGGCGUGAUGGCGUACUUCGACGACGGCGUCGACGACGACGGUCGGCAGCGACGCUCUCGCCUGCUGCUCCCGGCGCCCCCCGUGGGGCGGCACGAGGCCGCCCUGGUGUGGAAGCUGUUCCGGCUUGCGAGGGACGCCACCGCGCUUCGGGUCCACAGGGGCACAUAUCGGCGCGCCUCCAACUGGGGGCAGCCGGUGGAGUUGCAGAUGUUCCCAGCGUUGCAAGAAUUGCGUCUGGAGGCGGUUCCGCUGGAGCACGUCGAAGGCCUGUUCGCGCUUCGCCUGCAGCUCAAGUCCCUCACCUUCGAGAACGCCUUGUUGCCAAGUCUCCAUGCGCUGCUGACACCCCCGAAGCCAGCUUCAGGCUCUCAGGAUACAGCAGGGGGGGAGAGGGGGCAUGUAGCUGCGGAUACGGCAGCGGAUGGGGGGGUGCAUGGUCCUUCCAGAGCCGACCCGGGUGGCGAUGUAAACAAGCGAGAUGGCUCAGACUCCGCCCCUGUUGGUGUCCGUACUGCGGACGGCGAUAGAUAUCGGCUUUCUUGUAAACGUGGUAAGAUACAGCAAGUUCGUGCGCUUGGUGGCGUCGCGAGCUCGAGAAAAGCGUUGGGUGUGUCUCGUCCCGCGAAACCUUUGCCUGGGUCCGGCGGCGUUCAGCAGGGCGAGUCCGAACGGCCUGGGAUGGGCCGGCUGCAAUCGGGGCUCGGGAUGGGCACGCCGAUGCUGCACUGGUCGCUCCUCGAGUCGUUGAGCGUCUGCAAGUGCGGGCUCCGUGAGCUGGACUCUUCGCUGCGCCUGCUUCCUAGGGUGCGGCGGUUGUCUCUGGCGAACAACCGGUUCUCCCGGGUGGAUUUCUUCCAAGACUGUGGCUCGCUGGAGGUGCUAGACCUGAGCCACAACCGCUUGAACUCGGUCGAGAACAUCCACGCGGUCUUGGGGAACCUCCGCUCGCUCAAGCUGCGGGGCAACCUCAUCGAGAGAACGAAUGGCCUCGAGAAGCUGUUCUCCCUCGAGGACGUGAACUUGUCCGACAACAGGAUAGAAGACCUGAAGGAGGCGGCGCGAUUGUCGACGCUUCCGAUGUUGCGCCGCGUCUGGCUGAAUGGAAACCCCGUGGAAGCGGAGGAGGGGAAGGACUACCGCGUGUCUGUGCUCAGCCUCUUGUACCAAGGGCGGGGUGGUGAGCUGAAGGGGGUUGCGGGGAGGUUUUCCACUAUGCUUGCAGGCGGCUCGGGAGAUGGCUCGAGGCGUGAGACAGGGAUAGCUUUGGACGGACGGCUGCCGUCGAGGAAGGAGCUGGUGCAGCUGUCGCAGCUUUGCUUCCCUAGAGCGGCGGAGGUGCCCUUCCCAACCGCUACUGACAGCGCCCUUCCGUCCAGCGAUGAACACGGAGCAUCUCGGGACGGCUUGCCAUCCCGUCGGCACGCCCCCGGCAGCGUCGUCGCCGCGCGCGGACGAGCAGAGGGAACGGGGAAAAGAAGACCGUCCGCCACCGCCGCCCAAUCAGCUGUCGGCAGUUCCGCAACCUCUGCUUCUCGACCUGCGCCUGACCCUUCGCCGUCUUCGUCUCCGUCGUCGCGAAAAAGGCUCAGCGUCUCCCCGCCCGCCUCCCGCCUGCCCCCUCCGUCUCCCUGCGUGACGCUGCGGCUGCCUGCGGUGCAACGGCGGCGACACCCGGCGAGACGGCAUAGUAGUGGGGUCCCCGCCGUCGGGAUACGGGGACAGGACCCCGAAGAUCAGCAGGCGCGACGGCGACGACGGUCCGGUACUCGCUCGGCGAUGAUUGAGGAGGCGGCGCCUGCCCGNCCGACGGGGGGGGUGGGGGGGGGCGGCGGGUGGCGCUGGGGACAACGGGACGGUGAGCCUCGGCACGGCGUCGUGGUCGGCGGCGGCGGCCGCGGAGGCGGCGGAAUUGUCGUCGUCGUUGUCGGCGCUCUCGCUGGGCCUGGGCACGCUGCCGUUGCAAUCGGAAGGGGUGAGACAGAUGGUCGACUCUCAUGUGGAUGGCUUGCUUUCGGCCAGCAGCAACCUCUUCUCCAGCCAAGGGAGACGGCGUCGACGGGGGUCGACCCGGAGGUGGUGCCGGAGGCGGUGUGCAACGACCGCAACACGACCGCAGCACAAGCCGCCGUGGAGGGUGGCGACAGCAGCGGAAACGAGCGGCGUUCUGCCGACAUGGGCCGGCUCGCUGCGCGCGGGGCAGAGAGCGAGGCCGGGGGGGCGGCGGAGCUCGCGCGUGGUGAUGGCGGUGUGGUUACUGCGGCGCCGGCGCCGGCGCCGGCGCCGGCUUUGCCGGAGAGGGGUGAGGGAUUUGGUGAGCUGCAUCUGGCGGUCGAGGACGGCGGUAGGGGCGAGCUUGCCGCCGCCGCCGCUGUCUCGCCUUCCGGUCCCGACGACUUCGAUGGGCCACGCGGCGGGGAAAACGAAAGCCGGCAAGGUGGUGAUGCUUCGCCUUCGUCGGCGCAAGGAGGGACGGAGGGGGGACAGUCGGCGAAGAGCAGCGGCAACGCCGGCGUCUUUUCGGUCGGUGUCAACCCCGCGUCCGGGUGGGAUCUCUCGCCCGGGAGGCGGGGGAGGCCGCGCAGCGGCGGCGGCGGCGGCGGCCGGGAAGUGGCGACGUGUCGCGCCUCACCGUUCUUCCCGUCCCCUUCCCCAUUGCCGUCGCCUUCGCGAUCGCCUUCGCGUUUGCUUGCGGCGGCGAGGCAAGAAGGCGGGAUCAGACCGCCGGGGGUGGAGGGUGAUGUAAACGGUGGUGGCGACGGUGGAGAACGUGGCUCUUCGGAGGCGGCACGUGACGCGGACGGCGCCGCCGCCGUCGCUGCUGUUGCUGCGGCUGCCGCUUCUGGGACGGGUGCUGCCGAUCCUGUUCGGCAGGAGAAGAUUCACAUGGAGGGGGGCGAGGUGGGAGGAGAAGCGGAGGUAGAGGAGGGAAUCGAGGAAGAAGUUGGUUGUGGCGGGGUCAACGGCGAAGUGGAGAGGGACAACAGGGGAAGCAGCUCGGUGGUGGACGAGGAUGCUGGGCAUGACGGUGGCUAUCGCGGGGAUGAAGCUUACGCGGAGCUUCUGGUGGCGGAGCACCUGGAGCUGUACUUCCGACAACAGGUCUUCAGCGGCGCCGCCCCUUACCUCCUUUACGACGAGGAGCGCGACGGCGGACAGCAGCCCAAAGACCUCCCCCGCGCCAUGCACCGCCACCGAGAGGCGUCCAAGACCCGCCAGGAGAAGAAGCUGGUUGCCAUGUUUAGGGAGACGGCGCUACCCUGCGUCCCUCUCUCUCUCCGCAACCAGCGCCACCGUCACCGCAACAAGCACCACCACCACUUUCGGGUAACCACCAAGGAAAAGAGGGCGGCGAGGUCGUGGCUACGGGCUUCCUGGACACCCUCUCCGUCCCCUACUGUUGCCGGGGGAGUCGGCGGCAGCGGUGGCGGUGGGGCGGAAGGCUUGAGCGGGACGAAGACGGAUGAGAGCAGCGGCAGCUACCACGGAAGCGGUCUUGAGAGUUCGAUGGAGAAUGCCUUGGCAGCGACCGGGAUGGUUCAGCAGGUGCACCGCAGAGGAGUGGACGGGGAGGCCGAAGGCUACACCAUGGGCGAGGUGGCUUGCGUGGUCGUGGCGACGGAGUCGUCCAUCUUCUUCAUCGACGGGGGGUUCGCCAAGGACGGCACGCAGUUCUCGGCGGCUCCGCGUCCGAGGGUCUUGAUGGUGCUACCGCUCGCCUGCCUCGAGAGGACGACCAUCGGUUUUCGUCUUCAAAAGCUGGAGAUGCACUUCGACCCUUCGUCGGUCGGCGAGGAGGAGGAAGGUUGGAGCGACGACGGUCAGCGAGAUGAAACUGUGUCGGUGGCCCUGCUGACGAGGGACAAAUCCCGCACGUUUAACCUCUUGCAGACGCUGGAGCCCCUGUCGACGAAGGCGAGGCGAAUGAUGUCACUCCCUGCCGUGGUGGUGGAAAACCGCGACGAGGCCACGCUGGAGGCUAUCGCGCGAGCCCUACCCCCGAGUACCAUCGCACCGGCUCGCCACUCCACAAGCCGGUCGCAGAUCGAUCAAGCUUCACCUCCCGCUUUCAGCCCCGCCGGAGAAACGGCGCCAGCGGGAGAGUCGGAAGCGGCCCAGCGCUCGACGAAGAUCGAGCCGCACCUACCUGGCCACGAAUCCGCCGGGCUCUUCGGGAGGCUCGGGAAGUGGGGCGACGACUCGGGGCCCGCCGCAACAGGCGACGAGGAUGGUAGGGGUAGUGGCGUUGCGCUGGGCUCCGUGCAUGGCUGCGGUGCGGUCACGGAUGCCGGCAAUGGCCAAGAGGGGAGGGAAGGCGACGACGACAACGGCGUAGGAGCGUGGGCGGGCGAGGGGGCCGCCAGCGCGGCGGAAACGCACGGUACCGCCUCCUGGGACUCGGUGGGUGCCCCUCCGUCGCUCUCCGGUACUGCUACUCCGCUCCUGUCUCCCACCGUUAGCAGCAGCAACGUAGUCGAGACUCCGCCUUCCGUGGGUGGUGGUCACGAAGGGACGGUGGUGGUGUUCCAGCUGCUGGUGCAGCGGUGGGAGCUGAGGCCGUGGGUUGUGGUUCCUCGCACGCUCGUCGCCACAAAGGAGAAGCUGGCGCUUAUGGACGAGGAUCACAGCCGCGUCAGCAGCAGUAGCAGCAGUGGCAAAAACAGCAACAGCGUCUUUGGAGGCCUAGCUGGAGAAAUAUGCGAAGAUGGGCGGAGGCUGUCGUGGACGGUCGCCGAUGGUGGUGACGGUGGUGGCAGCGAGUUGAAGGAGAUGUCGUGCGUAGACUCGGUGGACCUGGGAGAUGUCAUCGACGUGCGGCAGGAGAAAUCGGCACCUGAGCAGGUGGUUGUGGAUCUGAAAGGGGAGCGUGCCUUCAACCCGCGCCGGCAGUGGCGACUGCAGUGUCGGACACGUGGAAGCGCAGAGGGGGUCGCUUCCGCGGUGCUGCGUCUUUCGCGAGAGAGAGUCCAGCAGCGGCGGCAAUCCUCUUCCUGGUGGAAGCUGUGAACGCCGGGCACCCAUGGCUGUCGUUCUUGGUGCCUGUCGCCGCACCGUGUUGUGAGCCAUACGCCACGGAAAUGUUCGUGAGACAGCGAGACUUCAAGGAAGACGAUGGGGCGUGCCCAAUUGCAGCAGGGUGAGCCCGAUGGACAGGAAGGGCCACUCAGCGGUGAUGAGUGCUGUCACUUGACGUGGAACGAAGUUCGUUGGUGGGGCGAGUAUGCCUGUCACCCCCCGCUUUGCCCGUGGCUGGAGUUCGACACUUCGGGUUCAUUCUGAUGUUUGUGGUCCAGCGUCUGAAUGUCCGUCGACGACGGCGAUGUGGUGAGACGGAGAAAUGUUAUGGGCGAUCUUGAGUGAGACUUUCCUUCCGGCAAGAGUUCCUUGACCGUAGCGGAAUUCAUCGCAAGGUUCGAUUGGAAAGUGUUUUCAGUACAUUUUGGUUGAGGUAAUCCCUAGGCUGUCGUCGCUGUUGCUUGUGACACGAAGCGUUGCUAGCCUUGUAGAGUAUAUUUGAACGUGUGUAGAGUACCAGAGACGAUUUUGUUGUGACAUUCAUAAGAGGAGGCCGCAGCGAUGUAGAUAGACGGAGGUCGCAUGUUCCUCCCACGCGAAGUUUUGGUUGUUUACGGGAAACCCUUGACCAGAAAACCUUUGCUCCUCUAGUGUAUUGCCUUCGAUUUGGUGACGUUUAUGCGAAUCAUCCUGACCUCAGCUAAGGCGCUGCGUUCUUGUCCCUAAGGCUGAGGGCCAGCGAUGUGGCAGGAAUGCUAGAGUAUGUAUCGCUUCAUCUGUGCGGCACGUCUGCCGUGGGCCCCCUUGCCUAUUUUUGUGCAUGCGCAUGGCAACCUGGUAAGGCGUGUGAAAGUACCAUGAGGUUUCGGGCGAUGGCGCAGCAGUCCGGAAUUCUUGGACAGGGGUGCGACCAAAGUACGAAGAGGAACUGAUUUGCAAGGGGGGCAAGACAUUCACCACGAUGUCACUCCCCCCUAAAAUAUGUUUCAUCGGCGAGAGCGCUAUUUCCGUCCAUGUCUGUCGUCACGCCGCAAUAUCGGAACGGAAAUCACUCUCUGCUGCCGUUCCAUGAGGGACAUUCAUUUCACUCCCUGUGAACGGUCCCAGGGCCACCACCGUGUCUUUUCCGCAUGGUUGAUUUUUUCUGGCACCGAGGACUGCAUAUGCCCAUUUUGUCAGGGUUUCAACGAGGCGAAAUGAGUGCAGUCCAACGGUCACCUUGCUGUUGCGAGUCCGGCGUACGCGCCUACCUGCAAUAGAACUUGCCCCAAGGCCAGACACGUCUCCGCUGUGAUGUGCUGUAUCUUGCAUGUCAACAACGUUAUGUAUGUACUUCAAUCUUGUUGGCUCUGGUUGCACGCCCAUAAGAUAAGCUCUUCGUUAUUAGUUUGUGAACACAGCGA